CCACCCGUUGAUCAGUGUUCUCCGUGGAUGUGUUCUUGAAAAGCAGAAGCAGUGUAUCAAUGUUGGGUUGCAGGAUCCAAACAAACUUUUGUUAGAAUCACUUUGGCCAUCCCUUGUUCUACUAUUUUCUAGCUUUCUUGUUUGUGUUUCAGCUUCUCCAUGUUGACACCCUUUAAUGAUUGAUCAUGGGAGAGAAACCCCCUCUUAUCUUCCUUGUCCCUUUGUCUUGGCCCCCACUUUCUCAUUCCCUCAUUACUGUCAGCUUCUCAAAUGAGCACUUUUCCCUUCACCUUCUGUACAUAAAUGCUUCUGCUUUUCACUUAUACCAACAACAAAAUUUCAAUGGAAUCCAACUUCCUUCUCAACCCUUCAAGUCUCCAGUCAGUUAACUAUCAAGCUAAGGAAGAUGAUGGCCUCAUCGAUCUCGGCCUCAGCCUUCGAACUCUGCAGCCUGAAGCUUAUCAUCCAACUCAACAUGUGGUGGGCAUGGAGGGAUAUGGGGGCUUUACAGAAUGGCCACAGGCUAAUCAGCAGCUGAAGAGUUCAGGCAGAGGAUUUCCAGGGCUGAUACCAGAUGACAGCAGCGGCAACGACGAGGAGGCGGAGGGAAUCCAGAGCAAAGAGAGGUGGGCUUAUCUGAAGGUUAACAUGGAUGGAGUUAUGGUGGGAAGAAAAAUCUGCAUUCUUGAUCAUGGAAGCUACUCUAGCCUGGCACAUAAAUUGGAAGAAAUGUUUGGGAGAAACUCUGCAUCUGGGUUGAGAUUAUUCCAGGCUAGUUCAGAAUUUUCCCUGUUUUAUAAGGACAGGGAGGAGAAUUGGAGGCCUGUUGGUGACGUUCCCUGGAAAGAGUUCGUAGAAUCUGUGAAGCGGCUCCGGAUUGCACGAAACCGAAACUUUUCUUCUGAAUCGAGCUUCUGAUUAGUAGUUUGUUCUGAAGAAUCUCUGAGCAUCACUGACUUGAGUUUUUGAAGCUAAAUAGAGAGAAGGCAUGUUGAAAUAGAAUGGCACCCAGAGAACACUGUCAGAAGUUGGUAUGAGUUUCAUAUAUAUAUAUAUAUAUAUGAAUUGUUUUUGUUAUGAUAAGAAUGGCAGGGAUUCUUAAUGUUAUUGAAAGUUUGAAAAAUAAUUCAUGAAGAGUUCCCUGGUGAUCAUAAUGCAAGCGUUGAUUUUGUACAUUUCAUGGUGAAGUUUUAAUAGGUUGUUCAAGCAACAAAAAUACUUAAACACAUUAACAAGGGGGUACA